AUGCAAUCGCCGAUUGUCUUCGCGAUCGUUGCACUGGCCGCUCUCCACUGUGUGGAGGGACGAGUGCUCAGUAGGCUUUAUGACGAGGAAGAGGAUACCAUUGUGGUUCUGCCCAAAUUGGGCGCCAUUCAGGGCAAAAUUGUUGAGACGGCUUGGACGCAACGGGAAGUUCUACAAUUUGUGGAUGUCCGAUAUGCCGAGCCACCAACUGGCGAGCAUCGCUUCAAAGCUCCGCGUCCAAUUGAGCCAUGGGAAGAUACGAUGGAUGCGACAGCGGAGAAGAUUGGCUGUCCAUCCGUCGUUUCGAUGGAGACACUGCUCAAGCUGGACGAUGUGAUGGACAUUGAGGAUUGUCUGACGAUGAGCAUAACGACUCCAAAUGUAACGGCUAACUUCCCAGUGCUGUUCUACAUACAUGGCGAGUACCUAUACGAGGGCAGCAACUCGGAGGCACCGCCCGACUAUCUGCUGGAGAAGGAUGUGGUGUUGGUGACGCCUCAAUAUCGACUCGGACCAUUUGGCUUCCUCUCGACCAAAACCGAUGAGAUACCUGGCAAUGCUGGUUUCCUUGACAUCUUUCUAGCUCUUCAGUUCGUCAAGCACUUCAUCAAGUAUUUUGGAGGCGAUGCCAGUCGCAUCACGGUGGCGGGUCAGGUGGGUGGUGCGGCCAUAGCGCACCUGCUGACACUGUCGCCGAUGGUGCAGCGUGGCUUGUUCCAUCAAGUUAUCUAUCACUCUGGAUCGGCCAUUAUGCCCAUUUUCCUGGAGGACAAUCCGCGCAAACAUGCACAGGAAAUUGCACAGAAAGCUGCUUGCCAGAUGGUUACCGUGCGAGAUCUCAACAAAUGCCUGAUGGAGCUCAGUGCCAUGGAGUUGCUGAAUGCCUUUAUGGAUCAUGCGCUUGAGAAAUCGGAUCUGGGCAUUGGUCACACUGGCGGCAUACAGUUCACAAUUGAUGGUCCCAGCGGUGUGCUGCCCAAGCAUCCCUAUGAUCUCAUGCUGGAGUCCAACUUUUCGUAUCCGGCGAUGGGAGGCUGUCCCAAGAACGCGGGCAGCCGUAUUCUCAAUGAAAUUGUGGAGAACGAUUUUGAGGGCAAGAUACCAGAUGAUGAAUACGAUACCUACAACUAUAUCGAUCACGUUAUACGUCAGGUGGUCGGCACCGAUAAGACCAUGCUGUUGACCAGCUUUGUCACCCACGACUUCUUCAAUCGUCAGCUUCUCGAGAACGGGACUUUCGACACCCUGAUCCCAAGGCUAAUUGAUGUGGCGGGCACCUUAAACCACAAGCUUCCAGUGCUGUUGGCCCUUAAUAUGAACAACAAACACAAUCCAGACAACACAUUCCUCUACUCGUUCGACUAUGCGGGCGAGUUCAAUCGCUAUCGGGACAUGGACGAGGAGACAAACAUGCAGAGUCCUUUUAAGGCGGGCGUCUCGUUAACCGAUGAGGCCCUUUAUCUCUUCCCCUAUCCCGAACACGUGAAACGAUUGAGUCCACCCGAUGAAUCGAUGGCCCAUCGCAUGGUCGAAUUAUGGACGAACUUUGUUAUCAGCGGCAAUCCGUUGGGCUCAUAUCGUUCCGGCUAUUGGCCUCCAAUGACAACGCUAUAUGGCCCGUACAUGAAGAUCGACGAGACGCUCACAAUUGGCGGCAAUUACUUCAAAGAGUUUUCAGCCACACUGCGAGACGAGGAGGAGGGCCAUAGCCUCAUCCGUGAGAUCUACUAUCUCCGCAAUCGCGCCCAACACAAGACUUCGGUCCGUCCGCUGCGCAGGAAGCAAGCGGCGAACCCAGCGACAGCUUUAACAUUGUCUAGCAAACUCAAGAAGUCGAAUGUGCGAAAGAGUCUCGUGAAGCGUCCAAAUCGCAACAAGAUACGCUUGUAG